AUGGCGGAAGCUGACACUGGGCUGCUCGACGCCCUCCAGUCUCUCCAUGGCGAUCUUCUUGCCGCGACCGAGCGUCCAAAAGAGCAGCGUCUCGAUCUGCCGGCCGAAAUUGGGCCCCUGCUUGAGGUCUGGGGAGACAAGUUCAAGGCGUUUCUCGAUAAGCCCACACGAAGCAAAACGAGUCGAGAUGCGGUGCUCUCGGGCAAGAUCACCUUGUCGGACGAGGAAUACACAAUCAGCAAGGAGUUCCAGGAGAUCGCUCUACAGGUUGCUGAUGAAGUCGACCUGGACGAGCUUGAAACAUCAAGGCUGGUCUUGGAGUCGCAGAAUGACGAGCAAGUCUUGGGUCGUUCACUCCGCGAAUGUGCCAUCAUACGCUUCCAUCAACAAAGAAAAUACCUGCUCAGCUGCAUCAGGCUAUUCCUCGAGCUUUCGAGGAUUGAUGAGAUGCCAGAAGAAAUCGAGGACUGGUUGGCAGCCUACGUGAAUGAGCUGAUUCUCGGAGAAGGACCGGCCGCCAAAAUACAGAGGCUUGUGCCCAGGUGUAUGGCCGCCAUGAAACAUAUCAGAGAGUGGCUUCACAAAAUUGUCGAACAAGUAACUGGUGCCACCGUGCUUGGUCACGCCGGCGAGGCCGAGUUUCGCGAAACCAUAGAAUUUUCUCGUGUUAGUCUCAUCCAACAACACGAGCUUCUGUCCGUCAUUCUCUGCUAUGCUAUUGAACGACGUGUUGCCACUAGCCAAGAUUUCAUCGAUUUCUUCAAGUCGCUGAAGGAAAUUGGACGAUACGACUACGCAACCGUUCACGUGUUUCCACCCUUGGGCGCAUUCAUCACGGUAUUUGGUUCAACUGAGGGCAAUGGAGAUCUCGACACAUCCAGAAAGCUUAAUGAUGUCGUCUGCCAGCAGUCCGAAGAAUAUUCACGCAAUCUGCCGUGCCUACAUGCUUCAGUCAGGGCAUGGUGGCUUGCUGAGUACAGUGGAUGGUACAUGGAUGAUGCUGCUGGGUCACUUCUGCAGGGCGUAGAUAUCGAUGCAGAGGAUAGACAGAGGUCGAAACAGUUCACGGAAGCUCUAAGAGACGGGGCAUUCGACAUGUUACUUGCAGUCGCAGCAGAUGUCAAGUCCCCGGAAUGGCAAGAACCAGCCAGAGUUGGCAUCCGGCAAUGGCUCCAGAGGAAGGCACCGGCGCUUCCCCCCGAUACCCCUCCUUUCUCCGAUUUCUUCCAGGCGUGUCUGAUGGGCCAAAUGGAGGUCUUCAUCGACGCUUUCAUUUCAAAUCUACCAGAUAUUCUCCGGAAGCUCCGCAUUGAAGAAGAUGAGCAACGGCAACUGAACCAAGCCCACGAGCAGGACCUUGAUUUGGAGAGAUUUCUUCUCAUCAUCGCGUUUUCCUACGAGGGGCGACCAGAGGCAGCCGAUGCAUUCUGGGCCGACCCGGAGAGCAAUCUUGCCGGCUUCCUCCAAUGGGCGUCUCGCAGAGCUUCUACGCCGCUUGUCAGUGCCUUCUGCGAAAUGCUUCAGUCUCUUUCAGAAGACUCUGAGUCUGCAACUUCAGCUCAUGAGUUUCUCCUCGACGACGGACAUCAUGCGGCUGGGAAGAUAAGGCGAUCGCUUUCUUUGACUUGGUCCCAGAUUUUGAAGGAAUUGGACUUCUUCGCCAACAAGAUCAGAGAGAAGCCGGUGCCUGCCCAAACACACGCUUACAAGACCGGCAAGUUCGGCAGUGAGCAGGCUGAGACCGAGCCCGAGUCUGCCAUGAUGUUAGAAUGCUAUCUCAGGCUGAUGACUAAACUAUCCUCACAAAGUGAGACGGUCCGAAUCUUUCUGCUCAGCGAAGACAAGCCGAAUCCAGUUGUGUUGCUAUUCCAGCUCAUCAGUAGCCUUGUGCCGUCCCGUCUCCGGGCAUGCGCAUUCAACACACUGAGCGCACUCAUGUGUCGAAAGCGCAUUGACGAAAGCAAACUCAUGUGGUACUACCUGGAUUCAUGCCUGAGCGGUGCCUUCAUCGCAAGUUCCGGAAGAACAGCCACGACGAAUCCUAUGCCUCCCUCGUACUAUAUGGAGGGUCUAUUUGAGGAAAUGAGCUCCCGCUUCGAGGAGUCGAGUUCCUUCAUCGAGCUUCUGGCGUCUCUCACUUGUCUUCCUCAAGAAUAUCCCCUGAACGAUGUGCUGCCCUUUCAAGAAGAUCUCGGAGCAGCUACGCGCAUACGCCCUGGCAUCGACCCGUACAUCGACUUUGCACUUGGUCAUAUUUUUGCCUGGAGAGUACAGGACGCCUCCGAGGUUGUGCAUCAGAGGAUAUUACGAUAUAGAUGCCUCGAGUUCGCUCUCACCUGCCUUUCCACCUUCAACGAAGACCUGAUCAUAUUCGGCAAUGAGGCCAGCAUUUCCGUCGAUGCUGCCAUCUCUUCCACAGAUCUUGCAAGUUAUGUAUCCUUGCAUCCAUCUGUACGUGUGAUGGAGUGGAUGUUCGACAGCCACGUGAUUAAAGCAUUAUUGAACACUCUUCACCAAGAUCCAGCUGAAGUUGGUGCUGCUGCUCCUGACUCGCCCCUGAUUCUGAGCAUUCUGCGGGCUGUCGAAGUUAUCACAAAGGUACUCGACUUACAGACCACAUACCUUGAUCUCAUUCGACCAAUCGUCAAGCCACAGGCGAGAACUCAAAGUCGAUCUACUUACAUCCCUACCUCAAAUGGCGCAUAUGCGUCUGUGGAGGACGGCUUGAUGACGAGUCUGAACCUGGUGGCUAACCUGGGAAGUUACUGUGGCAUUGGCCAUGCUCACCUUACUCUCGCAAGCUUAAAACUACUCGAAAAGAUAUCUACCUCUCCCAAGAUCAUAUCCGCCUGGCAGACAGGACCUGAGCGUCAAGUGCGUCGUAACAAAGCCAUUGUCGCUCUAGAAGAAAACGGGAACGCCACUGCAAUUGCAGGCUCAUUCAUUUCAGAGAUGAGCAGCCCACUCGAUUUAUACCGGAAAACCGAGUCCCCGGGGUACCAAACGAAGAUGUACAUCCUCGACUUCCUCUACUCUUGCAUCCGCGCAAAUCCCGAUCGACCUACUGUAGCACAUCUGCUCCUCGGAUUUCAGUGUGAAGCCGAAACACUCGGGGUUGAGGCCAGGAGCCCUUUUGAUCAGGGGGCGUCGUUGUUUCAUACACUCCUGGGCAUAGUAGUUGAGCUUGUCAUCAGCGACGAAGGGGGUAUGCGACAAUGGCUCAUCGACCUAAAAUACCGGGUAAUGCGAGUUUUACGCGCGCUUUGGAGUUCGUCGCUGUCUUCCGGCAUCGUUCUGGAACAACUUAGGGAGAACGAAUUCGUUUUCCAUGUGCUACUGCAAGGCCUGGUCAUGCAGCCGUCCUCAAUAUGGGAUGGGUUUGAGCCUAAUGGUCCCGACUUCUUGACCACACCAGCAGCACAGGGCUAUGUCGAAUACCUAUCUAUGAGGUCCAUGGCUUUGGAGUACAUCACGCACGAGCUUUGCAGUGUUACGCAGAGUCAUACCCCUGCUUUGAAGCGGCGCAUCUUUGAUGCCCUCACCGGCCAAGUGUUAAUAGACGGUGGCGAGACGAUGACCAUCCCCUCCAUAUUUGAGCUCCAAGAUUUUCUGCCUCAGGAAGAUCUAUUUGCGACGAUGCCGCCGGAACUUAACGUAUAUCGAGAUCUCGACAUGCGGGUGUGCCUUGAAGAGGAUGACGACUCGAACCUGGUGUACAACUUGGGCAAGGUAAACGAGAUUCUACUGUUGAAGCGAAACCAAAAUCAGCCACCGGGUACUCUUGUAUCUCAGCAGGAACCCCUACCUGCAGAUGUAGAGGCGGAUCAUGUGAAGAUAUAUGCAGCCUACCUCAACCGCCUCACGCAGGUCAACUCCUCCAGCCACAAGAUUCUGAAGGCGUGGACAACUUUGCUGAUGGUAAUGACCGACUCCAAUGACUUUAAAGGCACCAACCGGAUCUCCUUCAUCCUCCAAGCAUUGCAGGCCAUUCUGCCCAGCUUAGAGAUAUAUGGCUCGGACAAUGUUAGCGCGGCCUACGAACUAGCCAAGCUAGCCAAGGUCCUGCUCUUCAGUCUCGACUUCAGCUCCAUGGACAUGACUGACAAGCAAGCUCGUUCGAUCGGCAGUCUGAUCAGCGACAAGCUCUUCCAGCUCUUCCAGGCAUGCCUUCAGGCCAUCGCAAAGUGGACCGGUCGUCCUCAACUUCGUGCCAUUUACUACAGCAUUUCCUAUCGGUAUAUCACGGCGCUGGUGGAUCACGGCCAGGGGAUCUUGUCCGGUCGCCACAAAACGGCCAAGACAGUUCAGGUGUUUGGCGAAAGGCUCAUCAACGUCGUUUGUGAUGAUGCUGGCGGCGGCGAUGGGGCCUGCCAGACGGCAGCGCUGACCCUGCUGGGCACUCUGGUCAACCUAGGCAGGCACGAGAACAACCCUUACGUCGUGGAGACACUGAACAGGCUCAACUUUAUCGGCGUCCUAGUCGACUCGCUGCGCAAUAUCAUGGAAGAGUGGAUCACGGUCAGCCAAUCCGCCCCGGACCAGCAGCACUAUCAAGAUGCCAAGCUCGCCCUUCUGUUGCAACUGUGCCAGACGCGCGACGGCGCCAAGAAUGUACUGCACGCUAACUUAUUCCGCGCUAUCGAUCUUUCCGGGCUCUUCUCAGCCGAUCCCGAGCUGCAAGUGAAUGCGAUGGACGCGAAAGCCCUGGCACACCACUAUACCCUGCUCAUCAAGGUCACCCGCAUAAUCGGGGCCGCUAUUGUCAGCCGUGGUUCCCACAACGUCGCGCAGGGCAGGCGUUUCUUGACCGAGCACAGGCUGCUGGUCAUGCACGUCCUCAAACGGUCGGCUGGGAUUGGAGCCGGGCCUGGUAGAGUGGACGGCGGGCUGGAGGAGAACAUACAGGAAUUGGCGGAAGCUUUCAUGGUUAUCAUAAUUGCGACUGGAUUUCUCGAGUAUGAAAGCGAAGCUUGUGCAACACAGCAGCCAACCACUAACACGAUUCUGUUCCACUAG